AUGGUGGGAAACUACGAGAACCGACUCUCAAAGGUGGUGGUGGUUGUGGUAGUUGUGGUGUGCGACAUGUUGGAGAAGGAGGGACAGCAGACCGUGCAGGAAAUCGAAGCCAAGCACGGACAGGACCGUGCCUUCUUCCACAAGAUUGAUGUCUCUAAGGAAGCCGAAGUCCAGAGUCUCGUCAAGGUGGUGGUGGACAAGUGGGGCGGCGUUGAUGUGUUGGUGAACAAUGCGGCGGUGUUCGUCUUUGGCACGAUCGAAGAGGUCUCUUCGGACGACUGGGAUCGUGCGUUGGGCGUCAACGUCAAGGGCUAUGCGUUCAUGGCCAAGCAUGUGAUGCCGCUGAUGAAGGCGAAGAGGAGCGGGUCCAUCAUCAACGUGGGUUCAAUCAGCUCGUUCAUUGCGCAACCAGCCUUCGUGCCCUACAACACCACCAAGGGCGCCAUAUUGCAGCUGACUCGCUGCCUUGCGCUGGACUGUGGUGACUGGAAUAUUCGUGUCAACUGCGUUUGUCCCGGGAGCAUUGACACUCCGGCGACGGCCAGCCACGCCAAGAAGCUGGGCGUGACCAAGGAGGAGCUGGUGGAGCAGGCCGUCAAGCAGCACUUCAUCAAGCGCAUGGGCACCACCGACGAUGUGGCUAAGUGCGUGCUCUUCCUCGCCUCGGAUGAGAGCACCUUUGUGACCGGCGCAGCGAUACCGGUCGACGGUGGGUUCCUGGCACAGUAG